CGGCGACUGGCGAUGUCGUCAUCACAAGUUGACCCUGUUGUCAUCCCGGUAAUGUGGGACGCGGUGGUGUUUCUAUCCGGUUGGUUUUGACCCCUCCGGCUUGUGUUAACCACCAACACUCAAAGAUGGCUGACUACUGGAAGUCACAACCCAGGAAAUUCUGCCAGUACUGCAAGUGCUGGAUUGCAGACAAUAAACCUAGCGUUGAGUUCCACGAAAGAGGGAAGAACCACAAAGAAAAUGUCACUGCGAAGAUCUCUGAGAUUAAAAAGAAGAGCAUUGAUAAGGCGAAGCAGGAGGAGCGUAUGUCUAAAGAGUUUGCGGCGAUGGAGGAGGCCGCGCUGAAGGCAUAUGAAGAAGAUCUGAAGCGGAUGGAAAGGGAGUCAUCAGGAGAAGGUUCACUGGCCCAAACAACACCACAGCCACAACCUCGGGCACAACCUCGGGUACAACCUCGGGUACAACCUCAGCCAAAACAUCAGCCAAAACCCCAGGGCAAAAAACAACAAAAGAAAAAUAAAGCCAACAAGAAGUUCAGAGACCAAAUGGAAGCACAGGUUUGGAUUGAAGGACAAACAGAUGAUGGAAACACAUACUAUUACAACACGCUAACUGGAGAAUCUCAAUGGGUAAAACCAGAAGAAGGUUUCCAGGGAGGAAGUUCAGUCCCUCCACCGCCUGGACAGACUGGGAGCUCUUCAAGCUGUCCUUGGAUGGAAGCUGUCAGUCCUGAAGGUUACACAUAUUACUACAACUCAGAGACUGGAGAGUCCAGUUGGGAGAAGCCAACAGACUUUCCUUCUGAUGAGGCUUCUGGAUCUGGCUCCAAGAUAGAGGGAGAGCCUUCAACCCCUCAGCCGGAGCCACUCUCGGGAUCAGAGGAAGGCUCCAAUGAGGCCCCUGCAUCUCAAGAGGGUGAAGUCCCUGAACAAGCCAGCCAGCAGCCUAAAGUCCCGAAGAUCAGCUUCAGGAAAAGAAAAGCAGAAGACGAGCCCUCAGAAAAAGAGGGAGAAGAUAAAGCAAGUGAUGAUUCUCCUAAAGAGGAGGCUCCUAAAGAGGAGGCUCCUAAAGAGGAGGCUCCUAAAGAGGACGCUGAAGAGGCGAAAAAAGAGGAAGAGGUCCAAAGCACGACAGCUAAACCUGAGGAGAAGAAAGAAGAGCCGAUACAGCGGAAGACGCAAGCCAAAAGGCCGAAAGCUGCAAAUCCAUAUGGGGUCUGGGAACAGAUCCAGGAAGAGAAGGAUCCAUAUGCCAGCGUGGACUUACAGCUGCCCCAGGUGGAAGGAAACACGGCCAGCGCUCCCGCCGAGCUGCCGCCAGAGCCAAAACCGAAGUUCAAGGAACGCAUCAUCACCUCCCUCGGAGAGGAAGGCGGACCCACUUCGUUCAGGAGAAACAAGACACAGAACGGCAAAUCCAGGAGCCUCCGACAGAGAGACGACGAUGACUGACCCGAACAUAGAACAACUUCAAGCCAGAACGCAGGAGACUUUUACACAAAUAAAAACUCUUUCUUGGAACCGAUGCACCAUUUUUGAUCUUGGACGUGAAUUAAAUGCAUUAGGAGUUUGUUUUUUUUAACCAAGAUGCACAAAUAUCUUUUUUUUAUCAACAUUUUUGGGACACAUUGACCUGAGAAACCCUGUUUCUUAAAAAAAAAAUCCAUGUUCUUUUCUUUGUACUGAGGUCUGUCAUAAUGAAGGUGUGCAACACCUUUUAUAGUCUUAUACAAUAUUGUCAGCAUCCCAGUUUGAUCAUUUUAUUAAUUUCUUCAUAAAGUCUGGUAGCAGAUGUACAUAUACAGAGCAACUCAAAGAAUUUUUUGUAUUUUUCAUAUCUGUAUUUUUUUUUUUUUUUUUUACCAUUGUAAGCACCUCUGUGAAAAUAUCAUUACAAUGUGUGUCAGUUAAAAUGUCAUACUUUCAUAAAGCAGUUUGGAUAGAAGUGAUUAAAGAUGUUAAAUUUA